GUUUCUUCCCUGAUCGUUGCGAUACUCGGAUUGAUUUCUUGUAUCGCUCGAUCUCUUGUAUCGCAACAGCCAACUCUACUAUCCCUCAUCGACACCUUCCUUUAUUCAUCUUCGUCCAACAUGCAUCCGAUCACCAUGCAAGCCCAUCAUCUGAUCGCCCUUCUGUCGAGCGCGCUGGUCGCCUCUGCUGCCCCCAACAUCUUCAAACGCGACUACUUUGGCCCAGCCGUCUACACCGGCCCGUCUCAGGCAGACAUUAUCUAUACUUCCACCGUCAUGGUCCCCGGUCGGAACCCCGGGAACAAGCAGAGCGGAUUCCUUACAAUCUGGCCUGGGAUCUCCAACGGCACCGGAGAUCUCAUCCAAAGCACUCUAGACUCCACCCAGAUAAGCGUCGAAGAUUGCGGCGCGACCGCCGAUCAAUGGUGUGCCAUGGGUUCUCUCUUCGGGAACGAUGCCAACGGCAACGCUCGUCAGAUCAACGGUCCCAUGAAGGCGGUGAGCGCCACCGACAGGAUCAAGAUCGAGUAUAUUCGCGGGGCCGUCAAGGAGAACGGCUAUGAGUGGGAUUGGACGCAGGUGAUUACGAAUGAGGUGACUGGAGAGUAUAUCUCCAGCUUGGUUUCCGUUUCCGGAAGCAUGCGAGGCUGGGGCACGGCGACCGAAUGCCAAGCCGAUUGCGAGGCGACCAUCGACACCCACUAUUACUAUGACACCAAGAUCGUCCUCGAAUCUGGCGACAUGUCAUACGGCAAUACAGUUGGCGCGGGAGGUGACGCUUCGUUUUCCGACUUCACCGCGAAUGAGGAUGGUUCAAUUUGGACGAUCGGGAUUAUCACUAUCCCUGCUAUGCAGAAGAAUAGUCCUCGGGGAGAUCAUGGGAUCAUAGGCUAUGUCGCAACCGAGGAGGCUCCUAGCUCUACGGAUGCGUCUACCAGUACCAGUCUCACUACCGAAGCGACAACAACCAGCGUGUCCACUAGCGAUGCUGCCACCAGCGACCUCUUUCCGACCGACGCUUUCACCGCCGACGCUCUCACCACCGACGCUUUCACCACCGAUGCAACUACCAUGGCAAGCUCGCCGACUAGCUCAUUCUUCUGUGCCUCACCGACUACUGAAACGGCGAUGCAGACCGAAACGAUCACUGAGACUCAGAUCCGAACCGCGACGGUCACUAAGACUGUCACAAAGACUGUCCGAGCUGGCAGGAACAGGUAUUGAGGAGCUAAUGUAGCGAGUGUGGGAAAAGAAGCGCUUAGCUGCGAGACCCGGGGUCUGGCUCGGAUUCGGUCUAUACUCAGCGGUUCGACUAGAAAUUCGUCUGAGGUUUAGCUUAGCCAUCGAUCGUACCGAUUCCUAUUGUACCUCCUGCAGCUCAUGUCAUCAUAUUGCUCGCUAUCUGAGCGCUUCGACAUCAUCAUAAGGGGGUAAACUUGAUCCCAC